UCUACCAUCCUACGUUACGCCGACGAGCCACCCGACCGGCAUUGGUCUUCUGGGCCCCUAUGACACGUGUGUAAAAUAAACGACAUUCGUAAAUAUAUAGCCAUAUAUCAUAUUGUGCCAGAAAAUGCCCAAAAAAGCCAAAGAGGAAGCAGAAUGGGUGGACGACGAAGUCGCCCCGUCGGCAGCUGAGAAAACUGUCAAAAAAGGCAAGAAGGACAGAAAGGGGAAAAAAAGUUUCUUUGAAGAACUUGCCACUGAAGUCAAACCCGAAAAGGUGGAGAUAUCAGCUCCGAAAGAUACACAAGGAAAGCAGCCUCAUAAAAAGAAAAAGGACAGGCGUAAAGGAAAGGGGCCGGAGUCAGACGAGGAUGAGAAUGUCUUGCAUAAAUUAAAAAAACUGUCUGUCCAAGCAAGUGAUGAAGAAGAUGAGGAUGUGGAAGAGCCUGUUGUUCUCAACAGAGGAACCAAGAAAACCAAGGGUGGAAACAUCUUUGCUGCUCUCAGUCACUGUCAAAGUGAUGAAGACGAAGACCUUCAGGAAGAUGUCAAACCAACAAAAAAGGAGAUCGAAAAGGGCAGGAAAAAAGAUAAACCUAAGCCUGAAUUGGAGAAGGUGGCAUCUGAUGAGAAGAAUGAGGUAGAGAAGGAUGAUUUGUCUGAAAAAGCAUUGAAGAAAAACAAGAAAACUGAGGCCAAACCUGGCAAGAAAAUAAAAGUUCCUGAAGUGUCUCACAGCAACGAGGAGGAUGAAGAUGAUGAAGGCAGUGAUGGAGGUGACAUGAUGAUGAGUGCUGAGGAUGUCAUCGCAGAGCAGGCUAAACAGGCAGAGGACGACCCCUUCGCUAAUCUCAGCAAGAAGGAGAAGAAGAAGAAAAAGAAACAGAUGGAGUAUGAGCGUCAGGUAGCCAAUGUCCGUGCUCAGAAUGCACUGGAGGGAGAUUUCUCCAUUUCCCAGGCAGAGAUGUCAUCCAGACAGGCCAUGCUGGAAAAUGCUUCUGAUAUUAAGCUUGAGAGAUUCAGCAUAUCUGCUCAUGGCAAAGAGCUUUUUGUGAAUGCUGACCUUCUCAUCGUGGCAGGAAGGAGAUAUGGUUUAGUUGGACCAAAUGGAAAAGGAAAGACCACAUUGCUGAAACACAUUGCUAACAGAGCCCUCAGUAUUCCCCCUAACAUCGAUGUGCUACUCUGUGAACAGGAGGUGGUGGCUGAUGAUACACCAGCUGUACAGGCAGUUCUGAAGGCUGACACCCGUCGCUUGAAGCUCCUUGAGGAGGAGAAGCAGCUCCAGGCUCGUCUGGAGAAAGGAGAAGACAGUGUUAGUGAGAGACUGGAGAAGGUUUACGAAGAGCUGAGUGCAAUUGGAGCUGCUGCUGCUGAGGCCAAGGCCCGAAGAAUUCUAGCAGGUCUGUCGUUCACUCCUGAGAUGCAGAACCGGCCCACAAAGAGGUUCUCUGGAGGAUGGAGAAUGAGAGUCUCCCUGGCCCGAGCUCUUUUCAUGGAGCCAACUCUGUUGAUGCUGGAUGAACCCACCAACCACCUUGACCUUAACGCUGUCAUCUGGCUCAACAACUACCUGCAAGGCUGGAAGAAGACCCUCCUUAUUGUUUCUCAUGACCAAAGUUUUCUGGACGAUGUUUGUACAGACAUCAUCCACCUGGACAACCAGAAACUAUACUACUACAGAGGAAACUAUUUGACCUUUAAGAAGAUGUAUGUGCAAAAACAAAAGGAACUCCAGAAACAGUACGACAAGCAGGAAAAAAAACUCAAGGAGCUGAAGGGUGGGGGCAAGUCCACAAAGCAGGCUGAAAAGCUGACAAAAGAGGCUCUGACAAGGAAGCAGCAGAAGGGAAAGAAGAAGACUGGUCAAGAGGAGGAGAGUCAGGAGGCCCCAGAGCUGUUGAAGAGGCCGAAAGAGUACACAGUCAAGUUCACUUUCCCCAACCCCCCACCUCUGUCUCCCCCAAUCCUGGGACUACACUGUGUGGACUUUGGCUACAGUAAAGACAAAGUUCUCUUCAAGAAUGUGGACUUUGGCAUUGAUAUGGACUCGAGGAUUUGUAUCGUUGGUCCUAAUGGUGUCGGAAAGAGUACUCUGUUGCUGCUACUCAAUGGAAAAAUCAACCCUACCAAGGGAGAGAUGAGGAAAAACCACCGUUUGAAAGUGGGCUUCUUUAACCAGCAGUAUGCUGACCAGUUGAACAUGGAUGAGACUGCCACAGAGUACCUGAUGAGGAACUUCAACCUGCCCUACCAGGAUGCAAGGAAAUGUUUGGGGAGGUUUGGUCUGGAGAGCCACGCACACACCAUUCAAAUCUGCAAGCUGUCUGGUGGUCAGAAGGCCCGAGUGGUGUUUGCUGAGCUGGCCUGUCGGCAGCCAGAUGUGCUGAUUCUGGAUGAACCUACCAACAACCUGGACAUUGAGUCUAUUGAUGCUUUAUCAGAGGCCAUCAAUGAGUACAAAGGAGCUGUGAUCAUUGUGAGUCAUGACGCUCGACUCAUCACCGAGACACAGUGUCAGCUGUGGGUGGUGGAGGAUUUCACCAUCAACCACAUCGAUGGAGACUUUGAUGACUACAAACGGGAGGUGCUGGAGUCGCUAGGGGAAACCAUGAUCAACAAGGUCAACCCAUGAUUGCUGCGGGACCAUCCACCGGAACUCCAGUUUUCAUAUUCAUCUUGGUUCACUUUGUUUGACUUUUUAUUUUUAAAUCAAAACCUUGAUCACGUCAAAUGAAGAGAUUUAGCUGUCAUAUUAAUACAUUCACAA